AUUAUUUUGGCUCACAUUUUAGAAGUUUCAGUCCUGUCGUGGUCGUCAGCAUAGGGGAAGGGCAUGGGCAGAGGAGAGCUGCUCACCUCAUGGUGACCAGGAAGCAGAGACAGAAGGGAGGAGCCCAGGAGAGAGAUAAACUCUUCCAGGUCACCCCCCAUGGCCUGCCUCUUCCAGCCAGACCCCACCUCCUAACAGUGAGUCAGCUAUAGCACCCCAUAAUCUAGUCUUCUUCCAGGGCCCUGGCUAGGAGUGCAUGAAGCUCUUGGGGGACUUCUAGAUAGAAACCAUGACACAUAGCCUAUAGCUUUUCCCUGGGUGCUACAUUGUAUUCAUUGCUUACCUAGAGUACUAGGAUACUCAGUACCACCAUAAGGAUGGGCUCUCACACAGCCAAGGUGCAGUUGUUAAUCUCACACAUUCACUCUGAUGCAUUUUUACUGACCCAUUACAGCACUUCCCUCCGGCAGGGAAUCCAGGCUGGGGUCAGGCUGUGUGUGGUUCACCCAUUUCUCUAACUUCCUUCUGUCUGGAGCAGAGCCACAUCCUUUGUCUUUUAUAGCACUGAUCUCUUGGAAGAACCAUGCCCUCCCCCUAAUUUUAAAGCAGGACUGUGGGAAGCCACCUGAGAUGGCACCCAUUUCCUGCUUCCGGGUUCUUCCCGGCCUGAACAAGCCCGCCAAAUUGUCAUAUCUGCCCAGUUACCCGUGACGCUAGCCUAUCAGCUUGUUAGGCGCGCUUCUCUGUGAUUGGAUACUGCUUCCCCUUAUAAGAGGUUGUUCCUGCCCCCAACGGCGGAAGAGGAAUCAACACCGAGGGUGGCGGACCUUGUCAGGUCCGGUUCGCUGUACGUAAUAAAGUUUGAGAGCUGAUCCUGCUCGAGUUUGGUCUCCUGUCUCCCGCGGCUCCGGUCAUCUGGUGGCCCCCGUACGGGGAAAAAGGUAAAAGACUCAGCGACGUGCCUCUUCGGCCGGGAGGUGCGAUUGCUGUCGCCUGCGGUACGACGGAGGACCUGGCCCAAUAACAACGGAAGGCCGCGAGCACCUCUUCUCUUCACCCUGAUCAGCUACGUGAGAUACAGCGGUUCCCGGGACAGGUGAGUACUGGGUCACCUGGGUUGGGUGGACGCACCUAACAGAUUUUGAGCGCCACACGAGUGGACGCUGGGUUUUUUUUUUUCUUUUCUUUUCCCUUUGCAUCUGUUUUGCUUUCGCUUUGCUAAUAUAGAGCUCGAUUGGAAUGCUCAGAGGAGCCCGGAGCCACUGCCGAUUGUGGGUCUCCGGAGGACCCUCAGGGCUCUAAUUCUGAUUCUGAUUCGGAAGGUUCAGAAGAGGAGGUUGUCUUCGCUAAACAGGACCCUCCUGCACAGCUUAAAGAGGAAUUCAGGGCUCGGGAAGAUAAAAAGGGGAACCAAACACCCACGAUCACCCCCUUCAGGGCGCCAGGCCCCACUAAGCCCUUCCGCCCUUUGGCAAGUUCGCGAAUUCAGGGCUCGGGAAGAUAGCACCGCUGUGGCCGGAAGAGGAGUUGCUCCCUGGGCUGCCACCACAACCUAUGGCACCGCCCUGGUUAGAGGGAGAGCUACUUCCUGGGUUGCCUUCUGCGCCCCCAUCUGGGGAGGGAGGAGGACGUUCCUUCCACCAGAGGGUAUGGUCGCGGCUUCCCUUUGAGUGUUCCGGUCUCCAUGCAUUCCCGGUACAAGUAGGAGGCAGGGGAGGAGGAGGAUAUUAUGAGCCCUUAGAAAUUAAACAACUUAAAACUAUCAAGGACGCAGUUUCAGCUUAUGGGCCCAAUGCGCCAUUUACCAUGGCGCUUUUAGAGGCAUUGGCAGGUCUGCUUUUAACUCCUGGAGAUUGGACCCAGCUGGCACGCGCCUGCCUCUCCCCCGGACAAUAUUUAGAUUGGAAGUCCUGGAAUGAGGAAUUCUGUGUAGAGCAGGCGGCAGCCAACAGGGAAAAUAACCAGAGAGAGUGGAACAGGGAUAUGCUAUUAGGGCGAGGAGCCUUUGAGGAAGAUCAAACUCAAUACCCUCGCCAGGUUUAUGAACAAAUUAGCCGCUGUGGCCUCCAGGCCUGGAGACGGCUGGCUGGAAAGGGAGAACAUACGGGUCACCUUACAAAAAUUAUACAAGGGCAGGGAGAGCCAUUUUCAGACUUUGUGGCCCGCAUGCUUGAGGCCGCUAACAGGAUUUUUCCAGAUGCUGAGGCGGCUCACCCUCUCAUAAAACAAUUGAUUUUUGAACAGUGCACUAAGGAGUGCCGUGAUGUCCUAAGAACUAACAAAAAUAGGUCCUUAGAAGAGUGGACACGCCUGUGCCGUGAAUUGGGUGGCCACGGCCUAACGCCCAAAGGAAGAAUAUCAUUGGCACUCUUUACCAUAAAUUUUUUAAACCUUAAUCACAAUAAUCAUUCCCCUGCCAUGGAGCACAAUAACCCGUCCCCGGCCGACAAAGGGCUGGUGAGAUGGAAAGAUGUCCUUACAGGACAAUGGAUGGGCCUGGAUCCAGUGAUUAGUUGGACCCGAGGUGCGGUUUGUGUUUUCCCACAGGAACCAGGUCGCGAGCCGCUGUGGGUCCCGGAAAGAUUGACGCAAGCAGUAAACUCCCCACCAGUUCCUGAUAAAGCACAGGAGGAUAAGCCCGCGGACACAAGUCAACUCGACCCUUCUGGGACCGACGCUCAGCGCCCGAGACCAUCUACAAACUAAAAUGUCUGGUUUGGAGCUUUUUCUAUUCUGUGGGUUCCUAAUAUGACAGCUUGGCUGCAAGACACCUACCUACCUAAGUUUCACAAUUUGUCCCUCAUAGUCGGUCAGGAACUUGACAAUAUGGACGGUAUCCAACUAGGUCCAGUCAGGUUCGAUUUAUCAACUUUAGGCAGUGUUAUAGCCAGUUUGUGGGAACGCGUCACCUCCUGGUUCUCCUGGCCCAACCUGACUAUUUGGAUCCUGAUUGCCGUGGCCUUCCUAGUGGGGCUUGUGGUUAUUAAAUGCUUGUUAGAUCGCCUCAUACAAACUCAGCAGCAGGUUAAGAUCACAGCUAUGGCAGCCAUGCAAAUGGCAGCAGGUGGCCCAUCAGGCCAGCAGGCCGCCGCAUAUCUCCUUCACAUUGCAGAACAUCAGCUAUAAGAGCUGAGUGGGCAAGCCAAUGACGGGCUCCACUCAGAUAUAUAUGGCCUAUAAGGCCAGGGGUCCCUCCCGGAGUCAAAUUAUUGGCAUUGAGAUGCGAGACCAAGGGUACUGCAGUGCCAUCCGCCUCAAAGUUUGGGGGGAAGGCAGGAAUGAAUGUCUAUAUGCAUCCAGGUUCGGUUCACAAAAGCCUGGCCCUGCGAAAAAAUGAACCACUCACCUUGAGCAUGGUCCUGGCGCAAGGAUAUGCACAAAACAGGGUGAUGCACAGCAGGGUAUAGACCUCUACAUUCUCUCAUGCCUCGGCCUACAAGGUAGGCCCACUCCUAGGUGUCUAACAGCAACAAGGUCAUAGACACCUUGGAGGGACCCACAGACCAUCCUAUUUUAAUAAAUAAAAAAGGGGGAGAUGUGGGAAGCCACCUGAGAUGGCGCCCAUUUCCUGCUUCCGGGUUCUUCCCGGCCUGAACAAGCCCGCCAAAUUGUCAUAUCUGCCCAGUUACCCGUGACGCUAGCCUAUCAGCUUGUUAGGCGCGCUUCUCUGUGAUUGGAUACUGCUUCCCCUUAUAAGAGGUUGUUCCUGCCCCCAACGGCGGAAGAGGAAUCAACACCGAGGGUGACGGACCUUGUCAGGUCCGGUUCGCUGUACG